AUGGGGGCGUGGACGAGCCCGGUAAAAGUUACAGAAGAUUCCAAAGGCGGGGCGGGUGGGGAGCCCUGGGGAGCCCAGGGACUCCAUCAGAGUUCACAGUACUCGCAGUGGGUGUUGGGUGCGCCUGGGCCGAGAGCGCUGGGGCGCACGGGGACUGAUCCGGACCUAGCGCGACCACCAGGCCAUGGCGCCCUCGGGCUCCUCGUGAUAGGCACCUCCUUCGCCGCCUUCCGGGGGCUCCACUGGGGGCCGCAGCUGCUGCCCACGCCGCAUGCUGCUCGGGACCGUUCCAACUCGUACAUCUGUGUCUCCCUGCUGCACAGCCUGCUCACGAGGGCCGGAGCGCUCGCUGCUCGGUUGUCGCUAUACCCUCAGAUGGCCGCGGACCCUGUUCAUGGCCGCCCGCCCUGGGUCCUGGUGAUGGUGGCUGUAGCAGGGGAAACUAAAGAACUGGGCGAAGGAAAGGAUGGGCAUUCCUCUCUAGGGGCAGCAGUUUGGAGGAAGCCUGCCCCACCCUCUCCACACUUGCUCACAGGUUAUCUUCUGGCAGAUGGAGCUGACAUGCUGUAGAACCAGACCUUGGGCCAAGCCUGGGAGCUUCUCGGUCACCAUUUGGUGUUCCCAGUAGCAAGCUCCCUUAGCACCUACAUUCUGUCCAGCUACGACAUGGACUUCUGUGUAUCUCUGCUCCUGAAACUGAACUCUGCCUGCCUGCACCUACAGAAAUAACUGCUGCUUUCUCACCAGGCCCCACUCUUGGCCUUCAGUGUGGCCAGCUCAACCCUGGCACUUUUCUCCCUGGUGCCUCUAGGGUGGAUGAGUAUUGUUGAUCUGGCAGAUCACUAGGCACCUCUUGCCCUGGUCAUCCUUGGUGGAACUGGGCUUGUCGCUGUGGAUGCCAUGAGCAUCACUCUGUGUGUCUGCAUUUUGGUCAGAGGUCCUCUGGUCUCAGCCCCAUACCCAUCCCUAGGCACAAGGACAUGUUGUGAUGGUGUCACCUGGGAUGAUUCCACCUUCAGCCUAAAAGUAAAAGGCUAGAGAGACUUAGGCUCCUCUUCUGCCAGUCCUGGGGGAGGUAAGAACAGGAGAAGAUGAUGGUGGUCUUCAAUGCAUAGUCCCCCUUUGGGUUAAGGACUGGGCUGGAUUUUCAGUAUCUCAUUUCCUCUUCCAGCUAACUCACCUCACUUGCCCAUUCCUAGGAUCCGAGAAAUGCGGAUGCUCUUGAAUGGGUGGGAACCUGGGCCAUGUUCACUGAAUUUCAUCAUCAGAUGACCACCUUUUCCACUAACUCAAGAGGUACAGCCAGUGCUACCAGAAGGGGGUGACAGGAGGCCUGAAGCUAGACGAAACUGCCAAUGGGAACAGAAAGCCUUUACGUUAGCACAGGGACAGGUAUAAAGUCCUACUAGGAUCAGACAGGUGUGGUACGGAGGGGGUGAGGUUAGAGGGAAGAGAGGCAGUGGGAGGAGGGCACAGCAGGUACUCUCCGUAGCCAGGAGAACAUAAUAGUUGCCAAGAGACAGAAGAACCUGACAAUUGCUGAUACCUCUAGUUCUCAAGAUCACGCCAUUUGUUUGUACUUAACCCUAGUCCUACUGUGUCCAGUAUCUGCAUUUUUAAUUUGUUUAGUAUCUUCUAACCUUUUCGAAGAAAAUGUAGAUUCCUAGAGGAAUGAGCAUGGGGCUAGGUCCGUCUUUUUAGGACAGACUGAAGACCAGAGCCGUGGCAGGAAUUCAAACACCCAUUUUGGGUGCCCAGUGCAGGGUCUUCCGAGGUCCAGGGCUUUCAUGGAAGAAUGAGAGCAGAGGCAGAAGCAGAUGAGGGAAGGCUUCCACUUGGCUGCAGAGGGAUUAAGGAAUAUCUGACCAUCUUCUGGGAUUAAUUCACAAUCUCUUUCUCCCCUGCCACUUCUGCUGUUGUUUUUUUUUUUUUCCUAUUGUAUAAGGAGCCCUCCUUUUUUCAGGCAGAACAUCCAGGUUAUAGGAAGUUUAGAAGAGAUUAAGUUGCUAUUCUACUAAACAUUGGACAGAAAGAGAUAACCUUAAUCAUCCACAGAAAAGAUACAUGAGCAAAAGCAAGAGACAGGAAGAUUAAAACAAAAAAUUGCGCCAAAAAGCUGAGCUAGAGAAAGAUAGAGGGGACAAUCAAGAUGGACAUAUGUAGACUGAGGGACAGAUAGAGAGAGAAGGAUUCGUUGCAGAGAAGAGACAGAGGCAAAGAGAGAUGGAGAGCAAGAUAGAGAAUCCUUGGCAGCAACAUCAAGAAAGACUCAUAGAUGCUGAGAGGAACCAAAACCGUAGAACUGGUAAAAUGGUCAUAAACAAAGAGGACAAGAAAAAUAGAAAUAAAGGCUGAUAGGAAGGGACCCUAAGGCUGGAAGGCCUAGAUAGUCUAGACAGUGAAAUAAUGAGUGACAAGGAGGAACAACGAGACUGGGAGACACAGGGGCAAGAGAGGCAGACAGAUAAGCAGUGAAAAGAGAGGCAGAAAGGGAGACAAGGGGGAGAUUGGUCAGGGGAGCUGAGAAGCAGAACAGAAGGUGGAGGAGGCAGUCAAUGGAAAGAUUCAUUGACAGAAAAAGAAAGCAGGAAGUAUGUUGAGUUGGAAACAGGCAGAAUGACAAAAGACAAACAGCUACAGUGUGACCCACAGAGAGACUGACAGGAACUGAUAGGCAGAAACUGGUAGGAAGAUGAGGAGCAGUCAGGGUCAGGGAUGUGCACUGAGAUAGAAUAGGCAGAGGCCUGAGGAGAAUCACAGGAAGGGUGGGGGAGACACAAAAAGAUUAAACAUCCAAAGGAAGGAACAAGGAAAAGGAGGAAACACAGAGAUGGAGAAAAAAGAAUCGAGACAGGGGAAGAAAGAGAGGGACUGUGAGAGCUCACCAUUAUAGAGUUGUUAAAACCCAGGCACAAAAGGGAAUAACAAACAGAGCCAGGAGAAACCGUGACAGAAGUAAACACAGGCAGAAAAUAUGAACAGAGGCUUUACAUGUAAUCAGAAUAAAACCGGAGAGGCAAAGGUAUGGAAGUUGCGAUAGAAAAAUAGUAGAAUUCUGUCAGUUUGUCCUUAAUAGAAGUUGUAUCUUCAAAACUCAAUUUGCCAUCUUAACUGAACACCUUGAUUAACAAAAACAUUGUCUUGAGUUUUCAAUGAAAAAGAAAUGUGGCAAACCCAUGGGGGAAUCUGUUCUCUAAAGUGUUGACGUCAAUACCGAUUGACUCGAAGCCCUGCACCUUUCCUUUUGCCACUCUCAUAAAUGCGUGGUCCGAGUGAUCCUGGUAAUACUUGAUAGUAUCUUUGAGAGGUGCCCAGGAACCUGACCAUUAGGGAAGUAAGAUUGUUCCUGUGGGUCAAGUAGUAAAACCUGUCCAUGAAGGGUGAGGUGAGCUACUUGUGGGGAUAGGACAUGAGUGAACGUCUGAAGAGUUUUGGAUCACGUGCCAAUUUCCAUCACGGUGGCCCAGUGAAACUGCAGGAAGGCAGGACUAGAUUGUGACUGUAACUGAUUAAAUGGUUAUCUCAUCAACUAGGUCAGUUACAGAUGGUGUGGACCAAAUAUAGAUGAAGAAAAUCAGAGAGGCAUGGCCAAAUAGAACCUUAGAAAGAGGCUCAGAAAACGCAGAGGUGGGCAGAUGCUACCUUAGGUACAGUGAGUUUGGUCACGGUGACGGCAGCCUGUUCAGACCUCGCCAUUGCCCAGUUACUGAUUCCAUACCUACUGAGCUAUUGGCUAAUAAACUGUCUUCUGGAACAGGGGAAGGACUUUCCUGGCUGGGGGAUGCUGAUAUUUUAAGGUCUCAGAACACUAUCCUGAUCAUAAAUAAAUUGCUCUGCAAAUAAUCGCAUCAGUGUUUUGUACGUGUGGUUACUCUGAGUCUCUUUUCUUGGCUGCAGUGGUGGCCCAGUUUACAAUGUAAUGCUGGAUUGUGGAAGCUUUGCUAUGGGAAGGUCUCCUGUUGGUGCCACCUUUUUGACCUAC